AUGCUUCCCAAUUUGGAACAAAUGGUGUUCGAACGUUUCAAUACAAUCGAGACACGAAACGAUUCUAGCAACCUAGAUGAGAAUUGCCAAACUGUCCGGUGGAUUCGCUCGAGAGACACCAUGAAGAUGUAUGGACCUUCGGAUAUAAUGAUAAAACCGGCACAAGAUUUGCCGCCGGUGUUUGAUAUAUUCGUGCAGGUUACGAAGCAAAUAGAUGGAGUAGAUCAAAAAUUAGAUGACACGCUCCGUCAUUGGCUUUGUGCCGUACCCAUUCUACAUGAGGCGCCCGCCAUCUCCGUAUUCAUUAGUCGGCACCCCGUUACAAUCUCAGGAUGUGUCAAAUUGGAAGACAACGGGAGAGUGACGUAUAUAGGGGUACAAACACGUAACCAACAGGAUCAGAUGAAGGAAAAGAGACCGAACAUUGGUUCCGAUAUCAAGGAAAAGUAUAACUUUGAAUAA